AGUCUCCCGGUGUUCUGCGGGACCGGCGGAGAGCCCCAUCCCGCCCCGCCAUUAUGAACGCAGUGUGGCAUGGCCCUCACAUAGCACCCGCACCUACAGUACAGUACAUAGACCCGGUACUCACUGCCCUGUCGCUCAAAUAAUCGCAUUCAUAUCUCACACCUCACAACAACAUAACAACACAACAACAAGAACAAGGCACAAGAUGGAAUCCUCUCGCUCACCCCUGCAGGGCACCUACAAGCCAACAACCCUCCAACAACUCUCCUACGGCCCAAACAGCGUGAAAGAUAACCUUCUUGCCGCCCUGCCCAAGGAAGAUUCUAGAGCUUUUAUUGUGACGGGGAACUCGCUGGCGACAAAAACGCCUUUAGUCAAAGAGGUGGAGGAGUUGUUGGGGAAGGAGAGGCAUGCCGUGACUUUCAGUAAAAUCAAACAACAUGCGCCUGUCAAGGAGCUGGAUGAGGCGGUAGAGGUUGUUUUGAAGGCUCAAGGAGACCACCCAAUCGAUACCAUCAUCUCCAUUGGCGGCGGCUCACCCAUCGACUCCGCCAAAGCCAUCUCUUUCCGCGUCUACGAAAAGACCGGCCACUACCUCCGCCACAUCGCGAUCCCCACCACCCUCUCCGCCGCCGAAUGCACCUUCGGCGCCGGAUUCACCCAACCCGACGGGACCAAACAAGCCAUUUCCCAGCCGGGAACCUUACCCACCCACGUCUUCUACGACCCCCGUUUCGGCGCGCACACCCCACCGGACCUCUUCAUCUCCACAGGCAUCCGCGCCCUCGACCACGCCAUCGAACUGCAAUACCACCCCACAGCAACCUGGAUGCCAUGCCAACUCCUGGCCCUCUCCGCCAUCAAAGAACUCUUCACCUUUCUCCCCAAGUACAAACAGGACCCGCAGAACCCAGAUACCAUCACCCGCCUCUUCCUCGCCGCCUACGCCUCCCUCGGCUUCCUUGGCUCCAAUAUCAAAGGCGGCCUCGGACUCUCCCAUACGCUGGGGUAUGCGCUCGGAUCCCCGUACGGUAUCCCGCACGGCAUCACGAGCUGCCUGACCCUCGGCCACGUCGUCAAAUUGAAAGCGCGCUCCUCACCCGCCACCGCCGCUAAAAUCGCAGAAAUCCUCCCGUUUAUCGGCACCAACACUCGCAGCGAUGACGACGUGAAGGAUGCGGAGAAGGUCGGGGACAAGAUAUUGGAGUUGGUUCGGCAGUUGGGGUUCAAGACGACGUUGACAAAGAAGAACGUUGGGAGAGAUCAGUUGGAUGUUAUUGUGGAGAGGGCUACGGGGGGGUUGAGUAAGAAGGAGGGGAUUAGUGGGGAGGAGAGGGAGAUGGUGGAGGGAGUUAGGAAGCUGGUUGAGGGGCUUUAUUAAAAUGCCGUAUAGGUAGAGGUGGGAUAUGUAGGUUGAUUAACUUCUCCCUCACUUCUUCACCUCGGCAAUACGCUUGCAUCUUGUCAUGUACCUUUGAAUACAUGAGGUCACGGCGUACCGUACAUAUACCCUCCCUUUUGUCUAUCAACCUGGAGCAGCUGCUGUCCGUAGCCGAAGAACGGAAAGGUCGGAUUUUCUUCGCGAGAUUGACAGUAAUUGAC